AUGGAAGAUAUCAAAAAGAAUGCUUUUUCUGAAUGCCAAUGGUGCAUGUUCAUUCUCACACUUAUACAGGAAGACACUCGUAGAUCAGGGAGUGGUACACUCGACAUUAUCAUGGGUAUCAGACCUCAAAACGGCUACCUAGGAUCGCCAAAGAACACACAAGCGCUUUGCAUAUACAUCAACAACUUUCUAAGCUUUGAAGGAUUUUUAUAUGCUGAUGCAGACAGUCCAUCAGCAGAGUAUAUUACUGCUAGAAGUCGUAUCAUCGAGGUCGGGUCUUCUCAGGCCCUCUCACUAUGCAAAAAGCACCUGGACGAGUGUGUACGCUCUCAUAAACGUUGUUCUCCACGCGUCGACCCAUGUCCUCCAUUACCCACCCGCGUGAUAGAUUGCAGCGACGCCAACAAUCCCCGACUUGUGGAGACAACAAACCUAGAAGGCUCGUACUGCACACUAAGCUACGUCUGGGGUGAAGCCCAACCUCACAGUACCAAUAAAAACAACAUCAAGGCAUAUACUGACAAAAUUGACACUACGCGUCUCCCCAAGACCAUACUUAAUGCGAUCCACACCACCACUGCACUGGGUUUGCGUUACCUCUGGAUAGACUCCCUAUGCAUAAUUCAAGACUCUGAAGACGACAAGUUGCUUGAGAUCGCGCGCAUGGGGCACAUUUACCGCAAUGCAUAUGUUACCAUCAUUGCUGCGAGUGCUCAACGCGUAAGCACAGGAUUCUUGGAGCCACGCCCGCCCGUUCCACCUGCCCAGUUUCCGCGUGACAUUUCCAUGCCGUUCCCCUGCUUCCCAGAAGAAGAAGGAAAUCGUACCCCUUUCACCCUCGGAACCGUGCGCAUGUCCCCUACAUCAUUUUACGCAGAGUCAGAGGAUACGUUCGACAAAUGGUCCGACUACUUCCCAGGAAUGGAGCCCGUAAACGAGCGCGCGUGGUGUCUGCAGGAAUACGCUAUGUCUCCACGCGCACUCGUCUUCGCGUCCCAUACGGUACAGUUUCACUGUCGUACUGGGGGCGCGCAGAAUGUCGGCGGGUCAUAUGGUGACCACCCAGACCGCGAAAAUCUGCUUCCUGCCUCCUUCUUCGCACAAGAAGGUUCAAAAGAUGUGAAAACGGUGACCCGAGGCUCGCCAGCCUGGGUAUCCGCGCGGUUCGCAUGGCACUCUGCGGUAGAGGGAUAUACGCGCCGUGCGCUUACGAAACCCGAGGACAAAUUUGUGGCUUUUGCCGGUGUUGCAGAGGCAUUCCAGCCUGUUUGGGGCGGGGUCUACCUUGCAGGACUGUGGCAGGACACACUCCUCUCCGAUUUACUUUGGUCAAAGUUUGCUGAUAUGGAUAUGCCACGUCCAAAAGUUUACCGUGCACCAUCAUGGUCGUGGGCAUCUAUAGACGGAUCUAUCAUUCCUGGAAAGCUAUAUGAUAAAGAGUUGCAUGAAGGGGAUACUCUUGCCAGUGUUAUCGACUGCAAAGUGGAGCUAAAAUACAGUGAGCACCCGUUUGGAGAGGUUAAUAGGGGUGUUCUGGUUCUUCGUGCACCUCUAGAGGAAUGCAGGUGGGAUAUUCAAAAUUCUAAACUGUUGUAUCAUAAGCGGGAUAGCAAAGAGGGCUUCGAACAGAAAUGGAUUGGGACUGGGUCCAUUGACAGCGAAGACGACCAGGACAUUCAUGAUGUAUUCGCCAUAUCCAUAUACCGAAAAAACGCAGAGGUUGAAGGCAUCAUCCUUGCUAAACUGUCAAAAAACAGUCUUGAACCGAAUAACAAGACAAAAUAUCGUAGAAUUGGAUAUUUCGACUCACAUGGCAUGGGAGGCACUGCCAGUUGGCUUGACUCUGCACAGGUUGAAGAAGUCAUUGUUGUGUAG